AUGCUCGAAUUCUCGUCGCAGGCUUGCGUUCGCUCGCUUCUUGGAAGUAGCGAGUUCGCGCUCGGCCAUUUCGAAACGGCCGUGUAUUAUUACCAGGCCAUCGAACCGCGGGAACUCAGCCAUCCCGAAUCCAUUGACAAAAUUCUGGGGAUUUUUUGGAUUUCCCUAAAUCGGCCAGAAAUCGCGUUCCAGUAUUUGGAACGAGCGACGCGGUCGCUUUCGAAACAUCCGUCGGUUUGGUUUUAUUCUUCGCUGGCACUCUUCCAAAUGGGCGAAGUAAAAACCCGAUCACUCGCACUUGAAUAUCUCGAUAAGUGCGUAGAAACUGCAACAGCAAAAAAGGAUAUCGAAUGGAACUAUUGGGCGGAUUUGCUUCGCGCGAUGAUUUUUGAAUCGCAAAUGAAAACGAGGAAAGUCAUCGAGGCGAUCGAACACGCGGAGCUCAUCGAGAAAGAGAAUUCCACGUUUCCACGAUGUAGCGAGGAGUCGAAACGAUUCGCGGCGAUCCUCAAAGCUGAAUCCUAUUUGCAGCUCGACCAGCCCGAAGUAGAGAAUCGAAAUGUGUUGGCUGACACGCAGAAAGCGAUGGAAGCGAUCCAUCCGAAAGCAAAAGCGUUUCUUUAUCCCCAGUCCAUUCGAAACGCCAUUCAAACAAGGGAUUGGAAAGCAGUUGAGCCCUUCAACCCAUCAGACACAUCAGACACAUCAGACACAUCAGACACAUCAGACACAUCAAACAACGCGAAUCGAGUGGAAGAGCUUCUCUCUCUGCUGACCACCAUCUCGCUCGAAACGCAGGACAUCCAAAACGCCGUUCUCUUCGCCGAAAUCCUCCAUCGAAUCGCUCCUUCCUCCGCCUCGCGCAGUCGACUCAUCCAAACUCUCUCCAUCCAGGGCGAUCGCUCGCGUCUCCGCGAAGUCUACGCCUCUCUCUCCCUUUCCUCUGUUUCCAACAAACACUCCACAAAUCAUCUUCCUCCAUGA